CGUGGACUUCGCCUUUACAUCUCCACUCGUACAGUAGGACCCUUGUCUUGCUGUUCCCUCCACAAGUGUCGGUACUUAACGUUAAGUGCGCAAGUAGUGUGUUGGGUGACUACAGGGAGGGUAGCUGGUGUUGUCGGUGUUAUCUACGCUUCAAGACCUGUCACGCAUACACUCGGCCUUCAGGUGCACGGAGCAAACCACGACACUAGUGUUCCUGCAGUCUUCUUCUCUGAGGUAGUUCGUAAACGGGGCGACACACGUUAGUGUUCCUGGCCAAGGUAGCUUACACAUACACGGAGCGACCCACAUCAGUGCUCCUCCAGUAUUCCUGGCCAAGGUAGCCUACACACGAAGAAACCCCUCAUCGCUGUUCCUGGCCAAGGUAGCCUACAACUCCCUCCUCUUCGCGCUAAAUAUCGUACACACAUGCAGAUGGCGACAUCGAGGUGCCUGCUUCUGGUGGCAGUGCUGGGCCUCACCUGGGCCUUAGAUGUGGAGUACAUUCGUAGACUAUACAUGAAGAGUAGCACAAUACAACUGAAGCUACUGGAGAUCAGGAAGGUGAUGAAGGACUCCAGCCCGCUCGCCAGAGACCACAACGUCAUGGUCGUCUUAGCCGACCACGAGCCUAUGAAAAAUCUAGGUAACUGGACUCUGGGACUGGCGGAUAAUGCAACAGAGAAGAACUUCUUGAGCCUGCCUAACAAUGGCUCACAAACAGAGAUUGUGUUUGAUGCUGAGUUAAUGGAUUCCCGGUAUGUGUUUGUGGUCGCGAGGAACCUGAGUGACAUUACUGUUGGUAUCGGCUACCAGCUUCUCGACAUCAAGGACAAGAAGUCGCGCCUGGCCUGGGUGGGAGAUGAGUACAGGAGCUCAGGCUCCUCCCUGAGAGUGCACACGGGUGACCUGAAGGAGGUGCAGGUGGGGAGUAUGGUGUGCAGGCAAGAGGAUAGUCCUUGUUACUUCCUGGAUGCCACGCUGCCUCAGGAGAUUCCUCGCUGCUAUAACGCCGACACUAGCGGUAAAAAUCCAGUACAAGUGUGCGACGAUACCAUCAGCAGGUUUCAAAAAACUCCAGAGAUAGCACAGCUGGAGAGGUCUGGUGACAACCUAACGGUACAAGUAGCAUUCUCCAGGACGCCCAAUAGGGUGGAGGUGGUGGUGUUCGACCCCAGUGACCCGGCGAGGAUCCUUUCUCCUGCGGACUACCGGUGCCAGGCUGUGGGAGACCCCUGGCAGGUGGGCCACUGUACUCAACAGAUGGUAGGCACUAAGGACCUGCUGAGGCUCGGGGUCCUAGUGGUCGCCCUCGAUGAUCAAGGCUACGUUUUCGAGUCAUCAUUGACAACGUAUGGUGGUACCACAGUCCAGGCCAACGUCGGGGUGAUCGUCGGGUCGGUCUUAGGCGCGCUCUUGGGCAUCUUACUCAUCGUUGGUCUAGCUGUUUACCUCGUGAAGAAGAACAAGAAACAGAACAAGAAAAUCACCAGCCCCGCCGAGCCCAAAUACACAGCGGCGCCCACACAAGAGCCAUCACAGGAAGAGGAAGCCUAGUGUACAACAAACACAAGAGCCAUCACAGCAAAAGGAAACUUAGUGUACAACAAACACAAGAGCCAUCACAGCAAAAGAAAACCUAGUGUACAACAAACACAAGAGCCAUCACAGGAAGAGGAAGCCUAGUGUACAACAAACACAAGAGCCAUCACACCAAAAGGAAACCUAGUGUACAACAAACACAAGAGCCAUCACAGCAAAAGGAAACCUAGUGUACAACAAACACAAGAGCCAUCACAGCAAAAGGAAACCUAGUGUACAACAAAUACAAGAGCCAUCAAAGUAAGAUUAAACCUAGUGUGGAACACACACAAGAACCAUCAAGUCAACAGGGAUUCUAAUGUGGAAAACGCACAAGAACCAUCACAUCAACAAGAAGCCUAGUGUGGGACAUGACAAGAAUCCUCACACCUCACAUCAACAGGAAGCCUAGUGAAGAACACACAAACUUGAAGAACACCAGACACCCUCGAGGAACACCAUACCUCCUGCAGUUGUACUUCUCUAUAUAGCUGUACCUCCUGCAGCUGUAUUAAAAUAAAUUCAUUAAACUGCAUUAAACAUUCUAGACGUUUUACCGUUACAAUUUUUUAACACAUGGGGCAAAAAAACAGUUGAUCGAACUUAAUGGAUUAAGCAAAAGUCUAUUUUAUCUACUGUUGUUGCUUGAGUUCUCGUGUUUAUAAUUUACAAAAAUAGUAACAUGAAACUAUGGUUUUGUGACACCAAAUUCUAUGUUAAAAUGUUUAAAUAUGGAACUUACGGUAUAAAUAUAUAUGCUGAAACGUUGAAAGAUAUCACUUGUACAAAAACCGUUAUAAUGUUUAAAGAUAAUUAACACUUUUAACACCAAGAUUUAUGUUAAAAUGUUUAUAUAAACCAGUCCUAACAUUUAAAGUAAACUAGUUUGUGUACUAAAGGGUACACUAAUGUAGCCUCAAAAACAAACCAGUGUGAUAAACCGGUGUGUACUAUAAGGUAAACCAGUGUGGAACUUACAGUAUUAGUACAAGUAUACAUUAACUUGUGGUGUGAUGUAAACUGAUUAGUAAAAGAUCAAUAUUUUGUGUAUUACUAGUAAUAGUUAGUUUGUAUAACUGACUCGUGUGUGUGUGUGUGUGUAUCAUUAUGUUGCUCUGCUGUUUAUGAUACAGAGUUAAUGUUAGUACAAUGUUUAUGUUGUCAUAAUACAGUCAUGUGUAGUACAGUAUGUUAUGUUAUUUACAAUAGUCAUACGGUACACAGUAUUUACGUUGCAGUACAUCAUGUACAUGUUAUAAUACAAUCAUAUGUAGUACAGUAUGUUUAUUUAGUAUAGUAUGUUUAUUUAGUACCGUAUGUUUAUUUAGUACAGUACGUUUAUUUAAUACAGUAUGUUUAUUUAAUACAUUAUAUUUAUGUUGUAGUACAGUAUGUUUAUGAUGUUUACAAUAGUCAUAAGUAGUACAGUGUGUAUGUUGUCAUAAUACACUUUUUUUUUUUAGAUAUAUACAAGAGUUGUUAUAUUCUUGUACAGCCACUAUAUGUAAUACAGAAUGUUUAUGAUACAUUGAUAGGUAAUAUAGUAUGUUUAAGACAGUCAUAUGCAGUAAAAUAUGUUUACGAUACAGUUACCUGUAUAUGCACAGUAGAACUACAUGUUUAUGUUAGUCAUAUGUUGUAUAGGAUGAUUGUGAUGCAGUCAUAUAUAGUACGGUAUAUUUAUAAUAAAGUGAUAUGCAGAACAACAUGUUUAUGACUACAGUCAUAUGUUGUACAGUAUGUAGGGCAAAUACAGUAUGUUUUGCAAUAGUUUAUACAAAUAAAUUACAUCAAUUUUCUGACCAUAAUAGACAUUAUUUAUAAGGAAGCUCAGAAUUAUGAGUAAGCUGAACUUUAAGAAGAAGCUCAGCUCUAUGAGUAAGGUCAGCUUUUAUGAAGAAGCUCAGCUCUAUGAGGAUGCUGAACUAUAUGGGGAAGCUCAGCUUCAUGAGUGAGUUCAAGCUUCAUGAGGAAGUAAAGUACUUGUUGUAUAAAGUAAAGCUUGCGUGAGAGACGUGUUGUAGUGUCAAGAUUUAACGAGGAAAUAUUGAUGUUAUUAAUAAUAUAUUACGACAGGUCAGUAGUCUGUGUUGAUUAAUGAUUACAAGCUGAAAAGUGUAUUAAAUUGUGUAAGUUUUGCAAUAUUUAUAAAUGUAUUUAUUAAUAAAAUUUAAAUAAAUGAG